GUGAGGCGCGAUACUGAGCGCGCGAUUCCCUCUCGCUGGCGCUUGCCACCAUGAAGGGCAAGGAGCGUUCCCCAGCCAAGGCCAAGCGGUCCCGGGGCGGCGAGGACUCCUGUUCUACACGGGGCGAGCGGAGCAGCAAGAAACCGAGUAAUGGCGGCGGGAAAUCCGCGGGUGGCGGCUCUGGGGAGAGUGGCGGCGGUGGCGGCGGCAGCAGCAGUCGGCGGAGCCUUCACCUGGAGAAGGCCAGCCGGCCCAGCAGCCGCGAGUACGAGUCUGCCACGGCGGGCGGCGGCGGCGGCGGCAGCCGCCACGGCUACAGCAGCAGCAACAGUAGCAGCAAGAACGUGGAGUCCUCGUCCUCGCGUGGCAGCAGCAGCCGCGGCGGGGAUUCCCGGGCGCCCCCUUCAGACUCCGGCGGCGGCAGCGAAUACAAGACGCUGAAGAUCAGCGAGCUGGGCUCCGCGCUGAGCGACGAGGCCAUCGAGGACGGGCUUUUCCACGAGUUCAAGCGUUUCGGAGACGUCAGUGUCAAGAUAAGCCGCCUUCCGCCCGGAGUCGGCGACGAACGGGUGGCCUUUGUCAACUUCCGCCGCCCGGAAGACGCCCGGGCAGCCAAGCAUGCUCGCGGCCGCUUGGUCUUGUAUGACCGGCCGUUGAAGAUCGAGGCUGUCUAUGUGGGGGGCAGCAGCGGAGGAGGAGGUGGGGGAAGUGGCCGCCGCCGCAGCAGUCGCUCCCCGGCCUUUUUAGACAAGGAAUCUCCCUAUGGAACUGCGGCGGUGGGAGUAGCAGCCGCAGCAGCAGCGGCGAUCAGGCACCCUGCUACUGGAGCAACGCAGAGAGCCCUCUCUCCAGCUGGUGGAGGAGCAGGGCUGGGCUACAGAGACUACAGGCUGCAGCAGCUUGCCCUGGGCCACUUGCCACCUCCGCCCCCUCUGCCUAGGGAUUUGGAAAGAGAACGGGAUUACGGGGGCUUCUAUGACCGUGUGAGACCUGCCUAUAGCCUGGAUCGAGUGGCUGGGGUGGCGGCAGCGGCUGCUGCUGCAGGAUUUCGUGGGGUUGGUGGCACAGGAACUGCUAGUGAGGAAGAGAUCAGUCCUGAGGAUGACCAGAGAGCCAACCGUACGCUGUUCCUGGGCAAUCUGGAUAUAAUGGUGAACGAGACUGAUCUUCGUCGGGCUUUUGACCGCUUUGGGGUUAUCACUGAGGUGGACAUUAAGCGGCCUUCCAGAGGUCAGCCUAGCACCUAUGGAUUUCUCAAAUUUGAGAACUUGGAUAUGGCCCACCGGGCUAAAAUAGCCAUGUCUGGUAAAGUGCUGCUGCGUAAUCCUAUCAAAAUAGGCUAUGGUAAGGCUACACCUACCACGCGACUCUGGGUGGGUGGGUUGGGUCCAUGGGUGCCAUUAGCUGCUCUUGCCAGGGAGUUUGACCGUUUUGGAACUAUUCGCACUAUUGAUUAUCGGAAAGGUGACUCAUGGGCCUAUAUCCAGUAUGAGAGCUUGGAUGCUGCACAGGCUGCUUGUACCCACAUGAGGGGCUUUCCUUUGGGUGGGCCAGAUCGCCGUCUGCGAGUGGACUUUGCUGACACUGAACAUCGAUAUCAGCAGCCCUACUUGCAGCCACUUCCACUUCCCCCUGCCCACUAUGAAUUGGUGGCAGAAACGUCUGCCUUUGGGGCACAUCGCGGAGCUCCACCUGAUCCACUCCGGGGUGCUCGGGACAGGACCCCUCCACUGCUCUAUGGAGACCGUGACAGAGAUCUGUAUCCUGAGACAGAGUGGGUGCCUCCUCCACCUCCAGUUCGGGACAGAGGUAACAGAGGAACUGUCUAUGAUGCACUUGAAAGUCUGGAACGACGGCGAGAUGGCUGGUCUCUAGAAAGAACCCGUGGGGAGAGGGACCUAGGGAGCAGCAGUAGGGACCCAGCAAGAAAGCGGAGGCUGGUGGAAGAUGGAGGACGGCAUCUGGACCGUUCACCAGACAGUGAACGAUCUUCAUCCAGAAAGCGGCACUGUCCUGCUGUGGCCUCUCCACAAGACCGUAGUCCUGAGCCAGGAGUGGGCAGAGACCGUUACAGUAGUGAUACAGAACGGCCAUCCUCCCGUUUGCUCCUCUUGGAUCGUCCUUCCCCGGUCAGAGAGCCACGUAGGGGUAGCUUGGAAAGAAGCCAGAGCGAAAAACGUGAGCGUAAGAGCUCAGCAGAAAGAGAGAGAAAACACCGUGCUCUUGUGUCAGCUACCACUCAAGAAUGUAAGAGCCCAGCUAAAAAGGAUGAGCAUGCUUCAGAAGGGAGCAGCGGGGGGAGCUCUCGCCUGAAACCUCCACCCCAAAAGCAGCAGCAGCAGCAACAGGAUGGAACCUCAAAGUCUGGAUCCUCCCCUAAACUGUGCCUGGCCUGGCAAGGAAUGCUUCUAUUAAAAAACAGCAACUUUCCAUCUAACAUGCACCUGCUUCAAGGGGAUUUGAGUGUGGCCAGCAGUCUUCUAGUAGAAGGAGCAACUGGCGGCAAAGUUGCCCAGCUAAAGAUCACCCAGCGUCUUCGUUUGGACCAGCCCAAGCUGGAUGAGGUUACUCGUCGUAUCAAAGUGGCAGGGCCCAAUGGAUAUGCUAUUCUCCUGGCUGUGCCUGGUACCACAGACAACCGUGCCUCAUCUGGGGCAGGUGAAGCUAACACCACCUCUACCCAGCGGCCACUCAGAAACCUGGUCUCCUAUCUUAAACAAAAACAGGCAGCUGGGGUGAUAAGCCUUCCUGUUGGGGGCAACAAAGACAAAGAAAACAGCGGGGUCUUGCAUGCUUUUCCACCCUGUGAUUUUUCUCAGCAGUUCCUGGAUUCUACAGCCAAAGCCUUGGCUAAAUCAGACGAUGACUACUUGGUCAUGAUCAUUGUCCGUGGUGCAUCUUAAAACCCUAAUGCUUUCUGUCUACCCUGCUCUUCACACAGCCCCCUUGUUCCAGUGUCUGCCAGGUGCUAUGCGCUAAGCCUUAGCCAGCUCCCUAUAAUUUUUAAUUAGAUCUUUAGCUAACAUUAUCUCCCUUAAUUUUCUAUAAACUCUUUAGAAGGCAGACAUGGUAUCUACAUGUUUAUAUGACUAGGCUACCUUUGACUGUCUUGCAUAUGUGCAGGUAGAAGGAAGGGAAGGUCUCCUUCAACUAAAAUAUGAAACCCAGAGAAGUUUGCCUUUUUUUAGCUUUUAACAUUUGUCCUUUUUCAUUUCAUAACUUUUUAAAAAGCAAGUGUAAAAAUUCCUUCCCUACACAUAAAAAUUUAAACAACCAGAUGUUAAGCAUUCAUGACCCAUAUACAAUCACAAGACUAACAGGACAAUUAAAAAUCCCUUUGUGGAGUCUUUUGACUUGAUUUUAUAGAAGGCCUGAGAAUAAAAAUCAAAAUAAUUCCUCCAUCAAGAACUUGAAAAAUUAAAAUUUGAAUUUAGUUGACUCAUGGUUGAUAUCUCCCUUGGCAAUUGACACAUAAAGCCUUUGUGGUACACUCUUGUCAUCUUUCACUGGGUAUUAGUUUGAGAAUUUUGCCAACCUCACAGAAGUGCAUGGCCACAAAGAAUGCUUUAAACAAGCGUGUUCUGUUUUUUGAAACCCAUGUGAAUUUUUUGGAUUGUAAACCUGAUAAAGAGUUAAGAGCUUUGCUUAUAAUCCAUGAUCCUCUUGUUCUUCAAUUGCAAGAAGGCGCUUAUAAGACAGGUGUGAUUACUUGCAUUUUUGUUCUUAUUGCCCUUUGCUAAGUAUGGCAGGUACAGUGAAUUCUAAAUGUAACUUGGAAAUAAGUACAGCUUUCAGAGAUGGCUUUUAAUUUAGGUAGAAAGUUCUGCCAUGCAACCAUUUCAACAUCAUUUUAUCCCUUGUUAAUAGAAAGAAAUACUACCUGUUAGGUAUUUUUCAGGUAAAAUAUAAUGGGCAUUAUGCAAGGUUUUAUAGUCAUCCGAAUAGCACUGUUUUAAUCUUCACAUUUUUGUAACAUCCUUGUAUUUCUAGAUGUUGAGGAAGCAGUCUACUUUGUUCCGAGAACAUAAUUUAAUUGAAAAUGAGCUUUUAAAUAGCUCUUCCAUAAAUACUCCUUGACUAAAAAUACCUGAUCAGUCAUGGCAUAGUUUUCCUUAUCCCUUUAGUUCAAUUUAUGUAAAGUUUUCUGAAAUAUGGUAGUAACCCUUAGAUACUGAAGAACAUUACCAUUAGUUUAGUUAAAAUGGUUCUGUCCGGAUAGAGAGGAUUAAUGUUCUUUAAAAUGUGGCUUAGUGAAAAUGAUAUGCUGCUCAGUAAAGCGGCAUGUACUUUUUGUAUAGUCACUUUUUAGAGCAGACAAUUUCUAAAACAAAGCAGGUUUUUCAUUCUUAAAAUUGUGACUCUAGUAUCUUAAAGACCCACAUUGAGUAAUUACAAAAUUGAAAUAAUUACAUUGGUCUGUAGUACAGAUUGAAAAUCAUCUUGUAAUGCCUGUUAAAGGAAUGAUGAUGUUGGAGUGUGAAGUUAGAGACCUUUGCAAUGCAAAUAGAGAAUUCAGCCGUUUUUCUUGCUAUGAACAAUAAGAACUGAAUAAUAAUAAUUUGAAAUGGUAACUAGCUAAGGAGGUGUUUCAAAUGUUCCAUUUCCAAACAAUGUUGGUAGGUCAGGUGUUUGUUGCAGGUUACUGCAUAAUAUUAAUGCUACUGUGUUAUCUGUGUCACUGUUUAUCAGGCACUGAUGGCUAUUACACCUUACUGUAUUUGUUUGGAGAGGGAGCCUAAUCUAUAUGUUGGACUAUUGAUGGUCACCCACUAUUCAAAAAUAUAAAAUGUAAGCACGUUCAAUUUCAAAAGCCAAUAGUAGUGAGUGUUAACUCUAAUAUUCAAUACUCUAAUUUGUUUAAAAGCUUUGCAGAACUUGAGGUGAAUUGUGUGAAUAUGCCUGCUUACUAGCAAAUUUUGCUGGAAACCAGGUGUUGGAGAAACUGCACCAUGGAUUCUUUCUUGUUGAAAAUGAAAAAUUAUGUUCUGCUGCUUAUCUUCAUGACUUAAUGUGUAUAAAGGUUAAGUGAAAUGGGCAAUACAAAUGCAGAUGCCAGUUUUUCCAAAUGCUUAUUCACAAGUACUUGAUUUAGUUUUUAAAAAGUGGCCCAUCUAUAUUUAGAGGAGAUACAUUAGAAAUGUAGGUGCCCUUUGUAGGUUAAAAGCAGUUUAUGAUUUAGCACUUAGAUGCAGAUGCCCUGAAAUCCAAAUAAGAUUUUUUUUUGUGGCUAUACUCUUUGUUAAGUGUAUGCAAAGCAGUGCAACUGUCCACCAGCCAUCCUGGCAAAUAUUCAGCACUAACAGAAAUGGAAUCUAAUGAUACUUCUACACAGAGGAAAACAGAGAAUUGUUGUCUCUGUAUUUAGCACUAUGGGGUUUCAGUAGGGCCAAUGCAUACUUGAAUGCUAUGUGUAUCUUCAAAUCUGUCUUCCUCCAUUUGAGUACAUAACAUUAGAAUGGAGGAUUGUCUCUUUCUGAACAUCAUCUUAAUUUUUUGUUUAUUUUUGUUUUGCUGCUUGGGAGAUUAUUUGAAAAAAUACUAUCAAUGCUUUUUUACAAUUGGAAACGUAAGACAGUUAUUUUGGUGGUUAGUGGCUAGGUUCUGCUUGGAAGUUGAAUACAUAGACAUUGGCUGGCAAUGCAGCUUGAACUUAAGGCUGCCUCAUUACUGUGAGAUCCACAGUAAUGAACCUUUCUGUUUUGGGAGGUUCAGAGGACAGCACUUGGAUGUAGGGGCAGGAUUAGUAUUUUCAAAAUAACUCACUGAGCAGGGAAGAAGAAAACUUUCUUUGACUACAUACAUAAGCAGAUGGAGUGUAGCCACAACUUAGAGCAAAAGAUUAAAGAGAAUACAUCCUACAGAGCACCUGGUACUGGAUGGUAAAUGGAAAAUAUAGGGGUUGCCUGUAAAACACAUGUAGGACACCUGAUGAAAUGGCUUAAUUUGAAGAAUAAUUGGAUGUAAAGAAAUAAUUGGCAUCUUUUGCAGGUAGAAAUAAGGAUAGAUAUUCCAGGUGUGUCAAUUGAAGAAAAAAAAAUCAGUUAUUUUUACCCAAACCACAGUAUUUUGGAAAAACUGGCUGAAUAUUGUUAUACUUGUAUAAAAUUCAGAAUAGGGGUGUCUGAUACAUAUCUGAGAUUUUUUUUUCUCCAGUAAUUGCAGAGACUGCUUCUGUAGAGAUUUACAGUAAAGUGAGAAAAAGUGCACAAACAGAACACUAAAUUCCAUGUUCUAGUUUGAGUUGCUUUUUUGAAAAUGAGGAAUUGCAUGAGUUGUGAAAGAAUUCAGGUUUUUUCCUCUACUAGGUUUUUACCUUAUCAAUCUGUAAGCUAUGUUUUAACCCCUGAAUUGCUCAUAGUGCAUCUACACAUAGAGUUUAAUUAGUUUCAAAAGUCUUAUGCCAGUGAGGGGUAAUUGGUGCUUUCUGAAUCUAGAAAACUGAGUAAAAGCCUUGUAGUUCUUCAUCUGUAAUAUUAGGGAGAGGGCAAAUCUGUUAUAAACAUUUGUACUGAAUAACCUCUUCUUCCCUCCUGAAAGCAAGCCUGGUGAACUGCCGAAGACAACAAGGGAUUCCAAGCUCUAAUGGACCUUUGCGAAGAAAAGCUUUGGCUUGUAUGGAAUUUACAUGGGCCUCAUGGAAGAAAGCUUAUCUGUUUAGUAUUUGUGCAUUUUACUAAAAUGGCAGCUUUAAAAAAAGUUGUGUAUCUGCUAUUGUGAUGCCAAUGCCCGUGUUUUAAGUGGAAAAUUGACCUCUUUGCUUUGUGCUGUGUACACAAGAUUUCUGCAAAAGUAAAGGAAAAAAAACAUUUUUAUGGCUCACACAGCUUAAAGUAGCUGUCACUCAAAACAUGCGCUCACAGUCGAGCUGAUUUUGUUUCAUUCUAAAUAAAUUGUUUCUUUUGAGGAAAGUGG